AUGAACUGCAAAAUAGGUUACACUGACAAAAGCAUAAUGAUUCAUGAAGAAGGAGAACAAAACGGAGAAGAGGUAUUUGCCGAAGAAAGACCUCCAGACAGGAAUAUACUCAGGAACCCUCCUAGACUUCUACCCCAAGACUCCACCUAUCUCAACUCUUCUGUCCCAGUGCAACCAGAGCCUGUCUAUCAAAAUGCGAAUGUUUCAAAUGAUGAUAAGAUUUAUUCUUUGGUGUACCACAUGCACCAGGAACGGCAAAUAGUAGCAGGACCGUCAAGGACACAUAUUGAAGAUAUGGACCCUGCAGCCAUCUAUGCAAGGUUGAAGAAGGCAAAUGGUAUAGAUGUAGACUAUGAAGAUGCUAUGUGAAGUUAUGACUGAUUCCGUUCUUUGGAAACCAUCCAUUUCUCCAUACUGCAAAAUCAAUAUGUUCUUCAAAGGUACUAGGGAGUUAGCUGUCCAGUCCAUUUAAUUCAAUUGCUUUCUCCUUGAGAUUAUUCUUGAAUCUACUAAAGAGAUGAAUUUAGCACAAGUCCAGCAGAGAUAGUUCAGGAGAACUAACAUGGAGAAAGUAGUGGGAAGGACUUUGUUUCUAGAACCAUGCUUCUGAUAGUUCUUUUGUGCACAGAUGAGUUUUAUUCUAACUUCUUUUCACAAGAUGACAUCAAAACUAGGGAUUUUCAUGUUUUGAUGCAAAGAAGCUUAAGGGUGCACAAAGACAAGGCCAGUGAUUUUACAAGAUUGCUUCACAGAGGGCUGUAUUUAUUGUUUUUGCUCAAGUGUUGUCAUUGCUCAGGCAAUAUAGAACUCCAGUGGUACAAUUUAUAUAUGUAAAUCAUUCUCUUUAUACAUAAAACAUGUAACUGAAUGCAAUUGGUGUGGAUGGGUCAUUGUCAUCAAAUUGGAAUUAAAACCAAAUCUACAAAGCUACACUCAAUUCUAGUGGUAUUUUGUAUACUUUGGUGGAUUUAGAUGCCCCUGAAGUUUUAGGGAAAUGUAAUCUUCCUAGGCUUCUUUAUACUGAGAGUUCUGAAUGCAGCCUCUGGAAGACCUAUAGAUAUAAUUGUUGCUUUAUAGCUUAGACCAGGGAGAACAGAUGCAACUGGUGGCACAGCCAUAUACAAAUAAUAGAGGACAUAAAUUAUGGUGAUGUUGUGUAUGAUACAGCAAAUCCUAACAAAGGUAUUUUUCAAAGUUAACCCAAUUGCCAAAUAAUAUGAUUAUAGCAAUAACUAUCUAUUGCCUUCUUAAACCCCAAGACAGCAGGAACAUCAUGCUUCCUCUAUAUAACCUAUAUUUUCCCAGUCCUGGAACCUCUAGAGUGGGGCUCAUUUUCCUGCAUGCCUCUCUCAAUUCAUGCCAAGUGAUAUUGCAUCUGCUGAUCCCAACCUAAUCAACACAACAAGUACCACUCUGUAUGCUUCACUUCAGACUGUAUCCAGAGAAGUCAGGCAUGGAAUGUCAUCCCUUCCUCCUCAUUACUCAGGUGAGACCUUUCCUUUCAUAGGAUUCUCUAAUUCCAUUCCAGGUGGUUCAUUUCUCCAAAAAGUCCCGAAACCUAGAUAUAGACCCGAUCCCAUGAGAUAGGGUAUAUAUUUACAUGUAUCCAUAAAUCAGGGCAAAAUAUAUACCUGAAUGCAAAAGUAGGUUCAUGAUUACUCAAUACCUUCUUUGGCUUUAUAUGCUAACUCUCUUUUCAGCCACCAGCUUUCAGAUGCUAGCAUGAUGCCAACCAAACUUCCCUGGACAGACAACCCCACCAAUGUGUCCUGGAGCUCUGCUCCCUGAGA